AUGCAUGUCAACUUACCAGAAUUCGACAGUGAGUCCUAUACUUUGAAAUCAAAUCCAUCAUCUCCUAGAUCACGCCCUUCAAUUACAUUACCUGUUUAUCGAUCAUGGUCGCCUCAUAGUCGUCGUCGUCAUUCAUCAGUCGGGGACAGCAUUAUACCAAGUUCUAUAGAUAGUCGCCCAGUUGUAAAUAAAUUGGUAUUAGAUAUUCGCAAAUCGCUCUUUAAAAAUAAUAAUAUACCCAAGCCAUCUAAUGAACAAACACAUACUAACGAGAAUACUCAAAAACCUCAAUGUAUUGGUGAAGAACGACAAGAUAAUGCUAUAUAUAAAGUUUAUUUAAAACGAGUUCGACAUAAAUCAUCAUCACUUCUUAGUUCAUCGUCAACAAUCAAUACACUUGCUGAUGACAAAAAUGAAGAUAAUAAAACAACCGGUGAUACACAAACUAAUGAUCAAGGAACGUUACUAUAUUCAACAAUAAAAGUUUAUCAAUUAAAAGCCGGUACACUUGAAAAAAUUGUUGAAUGUUUAACAAAUGAUCAAGGCGAAUUAGACACAACACAUAUGUACAUUUUAUUUUCUACUUAUCGAACAUUUACAAAUACUCGAACAUUAAUUGAUACAUUAAUUCAACGUUAUCGAACAGUUCUACCGGCUUCACUUGAUAUGACUGAAGAUAUUCGACAAAAAACUCUUAAAAAUCUUCGUUUGGCAACUACCUGUUUAUUAAGUUCAUAUAAAGAAGAUUUUUGUGAGCCACCAUGUUAUCCAACAUUAAAUUAUUUACUAAAACAUUUACCUGAUAAAGACAUACAAAAACAAGGUGAAAUAUUAUUAGAACAGUUAAAAAAUAAUGAAGAAGAUCUUACAUCAGAUGUUGAUAAUAAUAAUAAUAAACCAAAAAGAACUUAUCUAUCUCAACAAAAAGGUUUUGAUUAUUUAUUACCAUGGAAUUUUCUUGACAUGUCAAGUACAACAGUUGCUGAACAAUUAACUAUUGUUGAUGCAGAUUUAUUAAAAUCUGUUUUAACAUAUGAAUGUUUAACUAUAUCGACAAAUGGUUGUUCUCGUCGUACAGCAUCAAAUAAUUCAAAUCGUUUAUUAUCAACUGUUGAUAAAACAAUUGAAUAUUUUAAUGCUGUUGUUGCUCGUGUUGUAGCAACAAUACUUAAACAACAAGAUGAAAAAACACGAGCUAAUGUUAUUGAAAAAUGGAUUGAUAUUGCACAUCAAUGUCGAAAAUUAAAAAAUUUUUCAUCAUUAACAGCUAUUCUAAAUGGACUUUUAUCGGGUUGUAUAUAUCGUUUAAGUAAAGCUUGGUCUUAUGUAACAGAAGAUUAUUGGACAAUAUUAGAAGAAUUAAAAAAUGUUUUUGGUAGUUGUGCUGAUAGAAAACAAGCAAGAGCUAUUUUGGAUAAGGAAGGUACAGCGAAAUAUGUUGAUUCAACAACAAUGAGUACGACAUUGGGAAGAAAAUUUCGUCAUAAAUCAACACGUGAUCAUCAUAAAUCAACAAUGAUUGGUACUGUACCGUACUUAGGUAUAUAUCUUAGUGAUUUAACAUACAUCGAUUCUGCUUAUCCUAAUACAAUCGACAACGAAACAAAUAACGAUUUAAUAACUCUUUCGGAAAAAUUAAUUAAUUUCGAAAAACAUCGAAAACAAUUUGAAAUUUUAGCUCAAAUUAAAUUAUUUCAAUCAGCUGCUAAUGCAUAUGUAACUCUUCAUCCAUUACCACGUUUUAAAGCUUGGUUUGAUAGCGUGAGAACUUAUACUGAUACUGAAAGUUGGGAUUUAUCUUAUCAAAUAGAACCAAAAGAAGUCAGUGAUAAUCAUCAAAAUCAAGAACAAUUUUUAAAAGCACACCGAAAUCAGCCAUUAAAAGCUCUUUUCCCACGAUAUCCAUCUCAAGUAUCAUUAGAUUCAUUAGGAACAUCGAAUCAUACUAAUAAUGGACAUACAGACUCAACAAUAAUAUCAAAUGGUUCAAUAAGAUCUUCACCGUCAUCGGCAUCACUCGAUAAAAUGAGUAUAUUAUCAAGUAAUUCUCUACAGCAACAUCAACAAUCUAGAAAAGAAUCAAUUACUCAUACAAAUCAGUCACGAUCAUCAUCUGUUUCUAGUUUACUAACCUCAUCAAAUGGUAGUUCAAGUCAAGGUUAUAUUUCAGCAACAGCUUCACCAACUAUUAGUACUGGAAAUUUUACGAUAACUUCAACUGAAAAUGAAACAGUUAUUGCUAAAGUAAAAUUUGCUGGCAAAGAUGAACUAUUAUAUAAAAAAGUUCGAAUAAAAAAUGAUGAACGUACAACUAGUGUUUUAAAAACAAUUCUUGAUAAAUUUGGUUUUGAUCCAACAACUUAUGAUCGAUAUUGUAUCGAACAAAUAUUACCUGAUCGAAAAAUUCUUUUACUUGAUCAUUGUAAUGUAUUUUAUGCUCUUGCUCGUUCGUCAGAUGAUGAACAAGUUGAAUUAAUCGUUCGAGAAAAAACUCGACAUGAACGUGAACAAAAAAGUAAUUGUCUACCUAUUGGUGCUGGACAUAAUCGAACACCGAGUGGAUUAAGUAUAUCUUCUACUCAUAGUCGUUAA